AUGACAAAUGGAAUUGUAAACGGCAACCCAGGUCUCGAGGCGCAGUUUGCGUCUCUAGGCCUCGAUGGCACAAAGUCUGCGUAUGUGCCUCCCCAUAUGAGGAGCUCGCAGCGGGCUGCUUCUGCUUCUGAUUCUGCUGCCCCAUCUCCCAUAACCCCUGGGACCGGCUGGAACGAACCCCGCACCUCUACUCCCCCCGUCCGUGGCGGGUACGGAGGAAGAGCCGGUUAUGGCGAUAGAACAGCUUCCGGCUUCUACGGUCGUCCCCGCGAGCGUGUCGAUAGCUGGGCUGGACCUGGAGGUAAUGCCGUCAGCGCUGCACCCAGGGACAACGGCCCUCGCGAGAGUUUCGGCUAUGGUGCCUGGCGUGACGGUGCUCAUGUCGUUGGAGGCCGCAACAAUCGUAUGGAGAAGGAACUAUUUGGUGAUAAUGUCGCCGACCCGUCCAAGCAGCACACCGGUAUCAACUUUGAAAAAUACGACGAUAUUCCCGUCGAAGCCACCGGCGCCGGCGUUCCCGACCCAGUCAACAGCUUCACGAGCCCUCCCCUCGAUCCCGUCCUUUUGGAGAAUAUUGGCUAUGCUCAUUACACCAGCCCCACCCCGGUUCAGAAGUAUUCUAUUCCUAUCGUCGCUGGUGGCAGAGAUUUGAUGGCUUGUGCUCAGACCGGUUCCGGAAAAACUGGUGGCUUUUUGUUCCCCAUCCUUUCUGCCUCCUUUACCAGCGGACCGCGCGCCCCUCCCGCAGAGACCACGCCCUCCUACGCGCGGAGCCGCAAGGCGUACCCGACCGCUCUCAUUCUUGCGCCUACCCGUGAGCUUGUCAACCAGAUUCACGACGAGGCCCGCAAGUUCGCAUAUCGCUCUUGGGUUCGCCCUGCCGUCGUCUACGGUGGCGCCGAUAUUAACAGCCAGCUCCGUCUGAUCGAGCGUGGCUGCGAUCUGCUUAGCGCCACCCCUGGCCGUCUCGUCGACCUCAUCGAGCGCGGUCGCAUCAGUCUCGCCAACGUUCGCUUCCUCGUUCUCGAUGAGGCUGACCGCAUGUUGGACAUGGGUUUCGAGCCCCAGAUUCGUAGGAUCGUCCAGCAGGAGGACAUGCCCGGCGUUCACGAGCGUCAGACGCUCAUGUUCUCCGCCACCUUCCCUAGGGACAUCCAGAUGCUUGCCAAGGACUUCUUGAAGGAGUACAUUUUCCUGUCCGUCGGUCGUGUCGGUUCCACUUCCGAGAACAUCACACAGAAGAUCGAGUACGUCGAGGAUGCCGACAAGCGUUCCGUCCUUCUUGAUCUUCUCGGCGCCCAGAACACGGGCCUCACCCUCAUCUUCGUUGAGACGAAGCGUAUGGCGGACAUGUUGACCGACUUCCUGCUCGCGAACAACUUCGCCGCUACUUCCAUUCACGGCGAUCGUACCCAACGCGAACGUGAAACCGCGCUUAACACUUUCCGUCAAGGGCGCACUCCUAUCAUGGUCGCCACUGCCGUGGCCGCUCGUGGUCUCGAUAUCCCAAACGUCAUGCACGUCAUCAACUACGAUCUUCCCUCCGACAUUGACGACUACGUCCACCGUAUCGGUCGUACCGGUCGUGCGGGUAACACUGGUGUUUCGACUGCGUUCUUCAACCGUGGCAACAAGAACAUUGUACGGGACAUGGUCGAGCUCUUGAGAGAGGCAAACCAGGAUAUUCCGACGUGGUUGGAGACGGUGGCACAUGAGGCUUCGUUCGGCGGUGGCGGUUUCCGUGGACGUGGUGGAGGAAGAGGCGGCGCUAGACGAGGAGGUGCGACUAGGGAUUACCGUGCCAGUGGUGGAGGAGGUUACGGAGGAGGUGCAGGUGGAGGAUAUGGCGGUGGAGGAUACGGUGGUGGUGGUGGCGCGCGCGCCCCGAGCUACGGAGGAGCUCCUGCGUACGGUGGUGGCGGAGGUGGCUAUGGAGGAGGUUACGGCGGUGGAGCUGGAGGUGCGAGUGCGGGAGGAGCCCAGAACUCCUGGUGGUAA